AUGGAUCACCUGACUGCGCCCUUCCAGGAGAUGUGGCGUCAAGGUGAAGUCCCGCAAGAUUUCGAGGACGCAAUUAUCGUGCAUCUCCACAAGCGAAAAGGGAACCGCCAAGUCUGCGACAAUCACCGCGGCAUCUCCUGGCUGAACGUCAUCGGGAAGGUCUUCGCUCGCAUCCUCCUCAAUCGUCUGAAUAAUCAUCUGGAACAGGGCCUUCUGCCGGAAAGACAAUGCGGCUUCCGUUGCCAUCGCGGGACCACAGAUAUGAUCUUCGACGCCCGUCAACUUCAGGAGAAGUGUCGGGAGAUGCGGACCCACCUGUACCCUACCUUCGUGGACCUGACAAAAGCCUUUGACGCGGUGAAUCGUGAAGGACUGUGGAAGAUCAUGCAGAAAUUCGGCUGUCCGGAGCGAUUCACUCAGAUGGUGCGUCAGCUGCACGACGGUAUGAUGGCGCGAGUCACGGACAACGGAGCUGUCUCAGAGGCAUUCGCAGUGACCAACGGAGUGAGGCAGGGAUGCGUGCUGGCACCUACCCUCUUCAGUCUUAUGUUCUCUGCCAUGCUGAUGAACGCCUACCGCGACAAACGCCCCGGGAUCCGCAUCGCCUACAGGACGGACGGUCACCUUCUGAAUUAACAACGGAUGCACUUCCAAUAGCGCGUAUCCACAACCACCGUUCACGAACUCCUCUUCGCCGACGACUGCGCCCUGAACAGCACCUCGGAAGAGGAGAUGCAACGGAGCAUGGACCUGUUGUCCGCCGCCUGCGAGAAUUUCGGUCUGGUCAUCAACUCGCAGAAGAUGGUGGUGAUGCAUCACCCGCCACUCCCCCCAACGCGCCACAAAUUAGCGUGAACGGAACCCAACAGCAAGUGGUGGAUAACCUCCCGUUCCUGGGCAGAACCCUCGCCCGUAACACCAAAAUCGAUAUCGAAUUCGCCAACAGGAUCUCGAAAGCCAGUCAAGUCUUCGGCCGCCCCUAA